AUGGCCGUGGACAAUGCUCACAUUUUCUUUCUUGUUUGCAGGCUGAUCUUUGGCACUCUGUAUCCCGCCUAUUAUUCCUACAAGGCUGUUAAGUCCAAAGAUAUAAAGGAAUAUGUGAAGUGGAUGAUGUACUGGAUAAUAUUUGCACUUUUCAUGACAGUAGAAACAUUUACAGAUCUAUUUCUGUGCUGGUUCCCAUUUUACUAUGAGCUGAAAAUAGCAUUUGUGGCCUGGCUCCUCUCGCCUUACACCAAAGGUUCCAGUUUACUUUAUCGGAAAUUUGUCCACCCCACCCUGUCAUCAAAAGAAAAGGAAAUUGAUGAAUGUCUCAUCCAAGCAAAAGAUCGCAGUUACGACGCCUUGGUUCACUUUGGCAAAAGAGGACUCAAUGUGGCAGCUUCAGCCGCGGUCACAGCUGCAGCAAAGGGUCAGGGGGCACUUUCAGAAAGACUGAGAAGUUUUAGCAUGCAGGACCUGUCUAGCAUUCGUGGUGAAAGCCCAUCGCCGUCUCCGGUGACUGUGCGCACAUCGAGCAAAUCCACCAAGUCUAAAUUAUCCCGGAGUGCAACCCAGGGCAGCGAGCCAUCAGUGUGUACGUGCUGUUCCUCCGGCAGAGUCCUGAGAGUGAUUGAGGUAAACGUGGAACACAAAGAGCUGAACUGUAGCACAACCUACGAGGUGCCAGAGGUGAUUUCAGAUGAUGAAGAAGAUGACGGUGGGAUAGUUAUACUGGAAAAGCCCACCAUAUUCAAACCUCCUCGGCGGAAGGAAAGACCGGUGGAGCCUCCUCCCAGAGUCCAUAAGCCUCGAUUAAGGAAGAAAAGUACCUCUGCCUCUAAUACGGAAACUGCGUGAGUGCAGCCAACAUCAAGCACCACAGAAUGUCUCUUCACUGCCUUAAAAGAGCAAUUCAUACCACAUGACACAGGUGGCGCCAGAGUUCAGACAGCAGGCGUGACUUUUCCCAGAACCCCUUGCUCCCCCCCCGCCCCCCACCAUAUCCGUCAAACUGUGCUCAGCUUUCUGUCUGUAGCUGCUGAUUUUUAACCGCUACAAGGAAAUUCAACGCCGGUUACCUUAUUGGUUUUGGGCCCCCGCUUGGAACAAUGUAAAAAUGUUCUCCCCCACCUCCUAUGUGCUGCCUGAAUCAAAAUGGAGGCUGCAAGUGCCCUGGACAAACACGCUGACUAUUAAUUUAUUAUGGAUCCGUGGCCACCAUGUUUGGUAUGGGUGUUCUAUGAAGUGAAAUAGCCAUGUGUUGAAAAGUGAUGUUGUUUUUUCUCUGUACCUACUACAUAUUUGCAUAUUUCCUUUUGAUGUCUGAACCUGUAUAAAUUAUGUCUCUAUAUGUGUCUGUUUGGAAUGUGAUUUUCAAAGACAGAUGUUUUUUUUUUUUACACCAGUAUUACUCAAUUGAGGCCCAAUUGGACACCC